AUGGCUGGUGAUUUUCUUGAUACUACUGUUUCGGUUGGAAGACGAAGAUUUAGUGCGAGUUUUCAGCUGAUGUUCCGGUUGAUAAAGGGGCUAAUAUUCAUGACAUUUAUCGCAAUUAUUGUGAUAUUGAUCACACUGGCUCACAUGACGAUACAAGACAUAAUUGUGUGUAUCCUUGCCUUUAUGCCCACGGGUUGGGGAAUGCUCUUGAUUGCGCAAGCGUGUAAGCCGGUGGUUCAUAGAGCAGGAUUCUGGGGAUCAGUGAGGACACUGGCUCGUGGUUACGAGAUAGUAAUGGGACUGUUGCUGUUCACGCCAGUGGCGUUCUUGGCUUGGUUUCCAUUUGUGUCGGAGUUCCAAACGCGUAUGCUCUUUAAUCAAGCUUUCAGUAGAGGUCUUCAGAUCUCUCGUAUCCUUGGAGGACACAGGAAGGAUCGCUCUUCUCGAAACAAGGAAUGA